GACCCCCGCGGGUGCCCUCAAGCUCAGCCGUGCCCGGGGCGGGUGUUGGUGACUUCAGGGUCAUUUAGAGUUUUAGUUCUGAGGGAGUAGAGACACGAGGUUUUAGUCUUUUCUACAUAGAAAGCUACAGCUCUUCACCAGUACUCUUUUCUCCUCCUGCCCAUCCCUCCUCCACCGCAGGGGAGAUCAAUUUGGGAAUUAUUUUAACAGUAAUUUACUUCCCCUUGUCCCCUUUCAGAAAUUUGUCUUUGUCCCCAAGGCAUCCACUAGCUGUUGCCUGUUACAGGACCAGGAGGGAGGUUAUCACCAUUAUCCCUUGCCUGCUUGGGGAGCUUCAGUCGUACAUCCCUUUCCUUUGGAGUGCAGUAACAGAAAGGCAUCCAGAAGACUUCCUUGCCACCCUUUUUUUGAUAGUAGAGGGUCCAGGAAAAGGGGUACCUAGCGAGACACGUGACUUCGCGAAGGAAGCCUGGACCGGAGGAGCACUUGACACACCGAAAGGACCACCGAGCCUUUUUCGUCUUCCACUCCAUCCUCCCCAAAUUUCUGAAGCAUCAUUGAAAGGAAACCUUGAAGGCUGCGAGAGAAGUCCAAGAUGUGCAGUUCAGUUGCUCCCAGGCUGUGGUUCUUAACAGACCGUCGUAUCAGAGAAGAUUACCCUCAGCAGGAGAUCCUGAGAGCACUGAAGGCCAAAUGCUGUGAAGAGGAGCUGGAUUUCCGGGCCUUGGUGAUGGAUGAAGUGGUGCUGACCAUUGAGGACGGAAAUCUUGGUCUCCGGGUGAAUGGGGAGCUUGUUACUGCUUACCCACAAGUGGUGGUUGUGCGUGUACCAACACCUUGGGUCCAGAGUGACAGUGAUAUCACAGUCCUUCGCCACCUAGAGAAGAUGGGCUGUCGGUUGAUGAAUCGUCCCCAAGCCAUCCUCAACUGUGUCAACAAGUUCUGGACGUUUCAAGAACUUGCUGGUCAUGGUGUACCUCUUCCAGACACUUUUUCAUAUGGUGGUCAUGAGAAUUUUGCCAAAAUGAUUGAUGAGGCGGAAGUGCUGGAGUUCCCUAUGGUGGUGAAGAACACGCGGGGUCACCGAGGUAAAGCUGUGUUCCUGGCACGAGACAAGCACCACCUGGCAGACCUAAGCCAUUUGAUUCGUCACGAUGCCCCUUACUUGUUUCAAAAAUACGUUAAAGAGUCUCAUGGCAAGGAUGUACGUGUCAUCGUAGUUGGAGGCCGUGUGGUGGGCACCAUGCUCCGCUGCUCAACAGAUGGGAGGAUGCAAAGUAACUGCUCACUUGGUGGCGUAGGGAUGAUGUGCUCGCUGAGCGAACAAGGCAAGCAGCUGGCGGUGCAGGUGUCAAACAUCCUGGGGAUGGACGUGUGCGGCAUUGACCUGCUGAUGAAGGACGACGGCUCGUUCUACGUCUGCGAGGCCAAUGCAAACGUAGGUUUCAUUGCCUUUGACAAGGCUUGCAAUCUAGAUGUAGCUGGUAUCAUAGCGGACUAUGCCGCUUCCCUCCUCGCCCCCGGCCGCUUGACGCGGCGCAUGUCCUUGCUCUCUGUGGUGUCCACGGCAAGCGAGACGAGCGAGCCAGAGCUGGGCCCUCCGGCUAGUGCCGCUGUCGACAAUAUGAGUGCUAGCUCCAGCUCUGUCGACAGCGACCCUGAGACCACGGAGAGAGAGUUGCUCACCAAGCUCCCGGGGGCUCUGUUCAACAUGAACCAGCUGUUAGCCAAUGAGAUCAAGCUUCUUGUGAAGUGAUGUAAAUAGAGAUGACCAACAGAACUCUCUCUUGUAAAUUUUUUUUUUUUUUUUUUUUUAAAAAAAAACCCAAACCGACUUGCAAUGCUGUUUAUCAGAGAAGCUCAGAGGAAUGAGGAAGGGGCAGAAGGAGGGGGUGGUCAUCCAUCAGGAGAGGAAGAGUAAAAGGCGUGUUAUACCGUGAUCGCUGCCCCUACUUUUUUGCAGAACAUAAAAAAUGUGUUCAUUCUUCAACAUCGGUUUUCUAAUAAAGAUGCUCAGUUCAUAACCUAAGUGGGAAUUUCAUUUGGAUGCUGCUUUGGUCCCCAGACAUGCCACAGUUCACGUGUGUUGACAGGCAAGCGUUGAAGCACGAUUCACCCUUGAAAAUUUAAGAAAGCUGUCUGGCAGCUUUCUGGAAAUUUCUGUGAGCUACUGCACCAGUUAAGUCUCUUCUGCCUCUGAAAGGCUUGAUCCUGUAAAUUGCCGAGUGCCUCCAAUUCUCCAUGUAAGUUGUAAGUGUUAAAUACCAAGUAUUUCAAAGUUCUUGGACACCUACUGUUCCUGCUCUUGUAAGAAGGGAGCAUAAAGUUUA